AUGGGCAAGCUCACGAUGCUGCUGGCGCUGCCCAUGGUCCUUGCGCGCGAGUCGCCAUGGUCGGCCGUUGACGGCCCGCUUGGCGCCGUGCGCCUGGAGGCCACGCCGCCGAUUGUAACGACGGGCGGCGACGUCGUCAUCUCAUGGGCCCAUGCCGUAGCCGACCCGCGCGACUAUGUGACGCUGACGUGCGGGCCAACGACGGGCGCGAACGACUACAUUGCGCUGCGCAACGUCUCGGCGCGCUCUGUGCGCUUUGAAGACUUGUACAUGCUCCGAUGCAACUACGAAGCGCACUACUAUCAGGCCCGCGCCGAUGGCGGGUUUGCCCGCGCCGGCAACAUUACGAUUCCGCUCUGCGACUCGAUUCACGCGCCCAAGCAAGGCCACUUGGGCUUCAACGACGCCAUUGACGAGAUGGUCCUUGUGUACAACUCGGCGUCGGAUGCGAGCACGCCCAUGGUCAAGUACGGGCCAUCGCGGACGCUUGUCGGCGCGACGCUUCACAACGGCACUUCGACGACGUACGACGCCUCCGACAUGUGCCACGCUCCGGCCACCACGGUCGGUCAGACGCUGUUUCGAUCGCCGGGUUACUUUCAUACGGUCGUCAUGGACGGCCUCGCGCCGGGCACCGAGUACUUUUACCAGUUUGGCAACGACGUCGACGGCUGGAGCAGCGUUGCGUCGUUCAUCUCGCGCGUGCCACCGGGCGCCGACGCGGACGUCUCGUUCCUUGGGUACGGGGACAUGGGCGUCGACGACGCACCUCGCGGCUGGUCCACGGCGCUCCGCGUCUUUGAAGACGUUGUCGCUCGCGACUACAAUGGUUUUUUGCUGCAUUUCGGUGACAUUAGCUACGCACGCGGCAACGGGCUGCAGUGGGACAAGUUCUUCGCCCUCGUCGAGCCCGUCGCCACGCGCAUUCCAUACAUGGCGAGCAUUGGCAACCAUGAAUUCGACUAUAUUGGCGGUGGCGAGAAGGACCCGUCGCACCUCGAGAACUUCCACCCGAGCUGGGGCAACUACGGCGCCGACUCAUCGGGCGAAUGCGGCGUGCCCAUGGUGCAUCGGUUUCACGCACCAACGAAUGGCCAUGGCCUCUUUUGGUACAGCUUUGCAUAUGGCCCGAUCACUGUGGUCCAAAUGUCAUCCGAGCACAACUUUCUGCCGGGCUCGGUCCAACACCAGUGGCUGAACGCGACGCUGGCCGCCAUCGAUCGACGUACGACGCCAUGGGUCGUCUUGACCGCCCAUCGCAUGAUGUACACGACGCAAAUCGGCGAAGCGAAGGACCUCCGCGUCUCCAAGCACUUUCGCGCGGCCAUCGAGCCGCUCUUGCGACAGUACAAGGUCAACCUCGUGCUGGCGGGGCACCAGCACUCGUACGAGCGGUCGUGCCCCGUGUUCAAUGGCACGUGCGUCGCGUCUGGCACGGUGCACAUGGUCGUCGGGUCAGCCGGCGCCGAGCUCGAAGCGCAAGGGUUCUCACCAACAAUUGGUCCGUGGAGUGUCGCGCACAUCAACGCGUACGGCUACCUCCGCGGCCGCGCGUCCAAGGACCGCUUGCACCUCGAGUUUGUGCUGAACGCCAACGGCAACGUGUACGACCAAGUGGACCUCGCGCGCUGGGUGUAG